GGUUGCAAGGAUAGCAACAAGUAGGAUUAUGAUAGUUUAUUUUUCAUGCGCCACUUUUUUUUUUUUUACUUAGCUUGAAUUUUCUUAUGCAGAGAUAUUCUGUGCCUUUAAGAUAUAUCUGGGAGAUAGGGAAAAUUUAAUAAUCAGUCUCACUUUGAAAUCAUGAUGUUGUCACUUGUCUUGAAAAUAAAGGGGCUAAAAAUUCAUAGUUGGGAGGUUGUCUAGGGAACUAGACUUCUAGAACUUCCUACAAGCAAGGAAUUGCUAUCAGGCAGUUAGAAAGGAAAACAACUAUACCAGCACUACAGCCAACAACAAGAACAACAGCAAGAACUCCAGCCAGGUCUACAAUCACAUAAUAUUGGAAAUGAAGAAUCAUUCUGCCAUUACAGAGUUCAUCCUGGUAGGACUUUCCAGUGCACCUGAACAUCAGAUGAUUCUCUUCUGGUUGUUCUCCUUCAUUUAUGCUGUGGCUGUCAUCAGUAAUAUCCUUACCAUCCUCGCAAUCAACACUUGUAGCAAACUCCACACGCCAAUGUAUUUCUUGCUCGUCAAUUUAUCUGUAAUAAACAUUUGCUCAGUUUCUGUUAUAGUUCCCAAAAUGUUACAAACCAUUUUAGCUGAAAGAAAAAGCAUUACUUUUACUGGUUGCAUUGCACAGGUGUAUCUUUUCAACUUAAUGCUAGGGACUGAACUUAUGCUGCUCGCAUUGAUGGCUUUUGACCGCUAUGCCGCUAUCUGCCAUCCUUUCCAGUACAUGGUCAUUAUGAGGAAGGAGUUUUGCCUUGGAGCUGUAACAGGUCUGUGGCUCAUAGGCAUGGCUAAUUCUGCAAUUCAGACAGGACUUGUGGCACAGCUUUCCUUCUGUGACUCCAACGUGAUCAAUCAUUUCUUCUGUGAGCUUCCACCCAUGUUCAACAUCUCCUGUUCAGACACAAGUUUGAAUGAAUCAAUGGUUUUUGUUGCUUCUGUGACCAUUGUAAUAGGUAGCUGUGCAGUGACGUUAACUUCAUAUUGCUUUAUUGUGAGAGACAUUAUUAAAAUCCGUUCCACAGAAAGUAAGAGAAAAGCUUUUUCCACAUGCUCUUCCCAUCUCUUGGUAGUCAGCUUUUAUUAUUCUACAAUAAUCUAUACUUUCCUCCGGCCUGCUUCAGCUUACUCCCUGGAAGAAGACAAAGUUAUUGCUAUUAUUUAUUCGGUACUGAUUCCAGUCCUCAACCCACUCAUUUACUCUUUGAGGAACACUGAUGUUAAAGAGGCACUCAUAAAGCUGGUAGUCAAAAGGGUCUCCCAGAAAUAUUAGUUCUCUUCCUCUGAUUGAACAAUUCAUAGUGAUUGAUUGAAUCAUGUGCAUAUUACCAUUCAAUUUCCAAAAGCAGAGCCAUUUUUCUGAAAUGUUAUAUGCUGCCAAAGGAAAACGGAAUUAUAGUUAGACAUACACAUUGACAUUAAUUAAGUAAAGCAAUUUAUGAUUUAGGGCACAUCUAUACUGUAAAAUUAAUGGAAGUUGACAUCACUUCAUUCCUGUGGUUCAAUACUAUUUCAUGGAACAGGAGUUAUCGAUCCUGGGAGGUGUAGCUUUACAAAGCUUUUACAUUUCUCUGCUAAAGGGUGCUGACGCCUCUCCAGACUACAACUCAUGUGAUUUCAUACAUUGAGGUAUGGCAGUGAAGUCUUUUAAGGUUUCCUCUUUUUUUGGAAAUACUGACAGUACAGCAUUGAGAGAUAUUUUGUUUGAGUAGCUUUAUUUCCAUUUCAGGAGCAACUUGAGAAAUUGCAAGUCACUUCUGGUGUAAAAGAAUUGGCCGUCUGGACAUUGCCCAGGGGAUGCCCGGGUGUUUUUGAUGUUUUUACCAUCCUUGUGGGAGGUUUCUUUCAUGUCCCUGCAUGGAGCUGGAGCUGAUAGAGGGAGCUGAGUAGUUGACUGGUCUACUUCUAAUUCAGUAGCACAGAUACCAUCUUUUUCUAACCAUUUUAGUAGGGAAUAGGUAGGAUACCUCAAGAAUGGUAUGACUAUAACAUUUCAUGGAAAGCUGCUCUGAAAGUCUUUAAAAAGACAAUCCAGCCAAAUCUUUCCUUCAAAUCAGAAGUUCUCAGCUUUCAAAUUUUUUGAAUAAUGUGCUCACAGUUAUGGAACCACUGAAUUACUUCUAUAGUAUUUUGAUAAUGUGUUAUUUGCUUAUUUAUUAAUUGUACUAUUUCUUGGCUAUAUUGAAAGGGUAAGCUGUGCUGUGAAGGUCUUACAUCUAAAUAAAGAAAUAAACAAAGCAUGUUAUGAAUAAAUUAAUUGGAGGUUUCUGGAUAUAGAAUAUUUAGAUUGGAUUUUAAUUUUAAAAAGAAGAUGUGGUAUGGGUAAAGGUAAAGGUUUUCCCCUGACAUUAAGUCUAGCCAUGUCCAACUCUGAAGGUGGUGCUCUUCUCAAUCUAAGCUGGAGAGCCAGUGUUGUCUGUAGAACCUCCAAGAUCAUGUGGCCAGCAUGACUGCAUGGAGCACCGUUACCUUCCCGCUGGAGCAGUACCUAUUGAUCUAUUUACAUUUUCAUGUUUUUGAACUGCUAGGUUGGCAGAAGCUUGGGCUAAUAGCAGGAGCUCCCUCCACUCCCCAUAUUUGAACCGCUGACCUUUCAGUCAGCAAGUUCAGUAGCUUAGCGGUUUAACAUGCUAUGCCACUGUAGUAUACCAAGAUGUAGUAUAGCUAGGAAUAGAGGAGGACAUUUGGAGAUUAUUAAGCAGUCAUCGGGCCCCUGGUGGUGGCGCAGUGUGUUAAAGUGCUGAGCUGCUGAACUUGCAGACUGAAAGGUACCAGGUUCAAAUCCCGGGAGCGGAAUGAGCGCCCGCUGUUAGCCCCAGCUCCUGCUAACCUAGCAGUUCGAAAAUAUGCAAAUGUGAGUAGAUAAAUAGGUACCGCUCCGGUGGGAAAGUAACGGCGCUCUAUGCAGUCAUGCCGGCCACAUGACCUUGGAGGUGUCUAUGGACAACGCCGGCUCUUCGGCUUAGAAAUGGAGAUGAGCACCAACCCCCAGAGUCGGUCACAACUGGACUUAAGGUCAGGGGAAAACCUUUACCUUUACCAAGCAGUCAUCAUUCAUUUCAUGUAGUGUGUUAAAAGUCUGGUAUAAAAUGCAUGUAUAUUUUUUCAAGAAAAUGUGUUUUAAAAUAUUAACAAAUUUUAGUAUCAAUAUCUGUUCAUUCUUUUUUUAAAAAAAAAAACCCAUAAACCAAUGGAAUGACUAGAUAUCACUGAAAAAGGUGAGAAUUAGAAGGAAAUUAAAAUAGCCUUAACUACUGGCCCCAGUAAGAACACCACUGUAUGCUCUUCAAAUUAGUGAAUUUGUCAGCCUUAGUGGAGUCAUUGUAUUUGCAUUUGUUAUACCUUUCCUGCCACCCUGUGUCCAGAAUAGUGAAAUGCAUGGAUUGAAUUAUUAUUUUUCUUGGAGUCAUCAUUAGCCUCCUUCUCCUUGGUCAUGCAGGCCAGGCAUCUUUGCUGAUGCAUCCACCAAUUUGUUAAUGCUGUGUUAAACUAGUUUAACCUUGUUUACCCUACACUGAGGGCAAGAAGUUGUUCAGUGUCUGGUCCACUUUAAGGUAUAGGGUCAAGAGUAGAUAAGCUCUAAAAUGUAUG